AUGGAGAAGAUCUUCAAAAGGGCACGCCAGGCCGAGCGGCAGGUCGUCCGCCGAGCCAAACUCCGCGAACACAGAGAACGCAUUCGAACGCGCAUCCAGGUCAGGGAUGAACUCAGGGACGCCGGCCGAGAGCACAAGAGCAACAUGGAGCUCGCCCGAAAGAUCCGUCAAGAGCGAUGGGAAAUGGGCCCUAUCGCGCCGAGGCGCCAAAUCGGCGUCAAUGGAUACGGUCUUCUGCAAAGGACGGUGCACUUUGACGCCAGCGUCGACGGAGCGCACACGCCCAAACGCGACCUUGUCGUGAAACGCUGUGCAUGGGCGGGAGGCGUCAAACGCUUGAACCUGGCUGUCGGUGAUCGGGUGGUGAUCAUGGAAGGCGUCGACAAGGGGAGGAUCGACCACAUUGCGACCAUCGACUUGACAUUUGGAACGGUGACCCUCCGAAACAUUCACAAGGUAUGUUCUGUAGGCGAGCAUCAGAUGACCACGCUGAGCUCUCUGCCUAUACCUAUCGAUGCCGUUCGUCUUGUCUACCCCAUUUUGGAUCCCGAGACAGGCGUUAUGAAGGACACGAUAAUUCACCAACUGAAGGGCACUGCGGCGAACAUGAAGUCAGAGAACAUGACCCUCGCUCGCUGGGACCAUGGCAAGCGAUGGGACCGUUUCGUCCCAGGUGCAAACAUCGUCAUUCCCUGGCCCGAAGUUGAAGCACCAAACCACCGGACCCACGAUUGCGACACCGUUCGCAGCCAAGUUGAGAGCCGCUCGUUCUUCUACAACCUUCUCACGCCGCCCAUGCCACCAGCAGUCUUGGAUGAGCUGCGCAACAAGUACUCCAAAUUCCGAACUCGCCACGAGGACUGGUACAUUGCCAAGAAGGAGCACGAGGCGGCUGCAAAGAGCCGACGCAACGAGCUACUCAAGGAGAUGCAGACGCCCAGCGACGAGGCACGCAUCAGAAGGGACGCGCUUAAGGAAGCCAAGGGCGAACCCGAACUGACGGAUGAGAUGUUGGAGAAGCUGGGAGAGAUCAUUGCACAGACCAAAGCAGUGUCUCUGAAGGACUCUGGUGUAUCUGGGGUGGAAAAGUCCGAAUAG